AUGAUUUCAAAUAUUAUUCUCAUAGUUAUUGUAUCUCUAACAAAGAGUUUAAUUAAAAACAGUUUCAGACGUUCAUCACGAAAAUGUGGUGAAAUAACAAGAUCAAGUGAUAAAUCUCUUCCAACAAAACAUAUACUUCAAUCUAUAAUAUUAUCAAAAUGUUGUACAAUUUCGAAUGAUGAAAAAGAGUUCAUCAUUCAAUCCAAGUCGACACAUUCCUGUUGUGAAUUUGAAAUGAAUUGGGGUUGUUGUUAUUACAAGACUCAAUGUCAUUGUCAUUGUUUCUCAACUUCAUCUAUAGUCACUCCAGUACCAACUACUAUAGAGUUGAAUAUUUUAUCAAGUCAUCGAAAUAGUAGUUAUGCUGAUGAUUCUGUAACAGAAAUUCCAGAAAAAUCAGAAAAUCUAUCUAUUAAUUCAAAAACAAAUUUAGAUCAAUACAAGUUAAAUCAACCAUGUGAAAUAAAUAAAUCUUUUUUUCGAAAUACAAAUCAACACUUAACAAACUAUGAACAAUAUUCCAAUUCUAAUAUGAAUGAAUCAAAUUUAAGUGAUAUGAAAUCAAAUCAAGAAUUAACACUACCUAGUACAUCAAUCCAUUACUGUCAUAGAUCUUUAUCUUCAUUUCCUAAUGAACAAACUAUUCUAGAUCUUGAACAAACUGCAUGGUAUAUUUUAUGUUUUUUAAUAGAAAUUUUAGCAUUUGCACAAAUUGGUUAUUUACUAUUUGAAGAUCUGUUACCAUGGAUAUCAAAUUUAUUAAUAUUUUAUUAUAAUUUUAAUAUUAAAUUAAAACUAAAUAUUAAUUGUCGUUUAAAACGUAUGUUUGGUACAUUUUUUUUAUUAUUUGAAGAAUGGUGUCUAUUUCUAUUUGGUAUUGAACGUGUUUAUAAUAUUUAUUUAUUAAAUCACUAUGGAUUCAAUAAAAACACCCAAUCAAUAAUGAAUGAACGUAAUCGAUAUAAAUUACAUUUAUUAAGUAUAAAAAUUUGUACAGGUUUAUUUAUUGCAAUUAUAUUCUCUGCAUUAUGUAAUUAUUUAUGGGUAUUUGGACAAUUUCAUUGGAUUAAUUCAAUUCAUUUAAUGAAUCAAACAUAUAAUAUCACAUUGAUAGAAACGGUUACAUGUAAUAUCCAUUAUUUUCAUUUAUUAUACCACAUUUAUGUUCAUUAUUAUUUAUUCUGA